CCUGACUUUGUUUUGUACCCUGUGUGGGAUGCGGGGGGCUCAGAUGACAUGCUCCGUCGAGGAAGCGGACAGGACACUGACCGACUCCGGGUGAUCUGCCCCUCCAGCCAGCACAGUCCAUCCACAAUCAGCGGCUUUGGGUGGAAAACUGAGUUGAGGAUGAGGUCCAUGUUUCUGAUCGGCAAGCAGUGAGGAGGAGAUGGAGUUUGUUUCCAGCGUGGCUCUGCUCCUUAGAGCAGGACUGCUGCUGCUGCUGGUAGCUCAUGUUCGUCCUUCAGUGUCUGGAUGUGAUGGACAACUCUACGAGGCCAGGAUCAACAAUUUAUGCUCGAAGAAGUUCCAUUUGGAUAUGGGAAGAUUGGAUUCAGACUUGUGGUGCAGCUGGCCAGAAACUAUAGAGAUUUAUGAGGAGCUGACUAACUGCACCUACCAGGUGGCCCUGAAGAUGGCCUGCUUUUGGCCCAACCGGGUGGUGGACAGCUUCUUCAUGCAGAUUCACCGCAGUUACUUUCACCACUGCGCCUUGACUGGCCGGCUCCUGCAUGAACCACCCAUCGGCAUCCUCGUGCCCUUUAUCGGAGUGUCUGUGCUGAUCACCCUCCUCAUGACUGCAGUAGUUGUGUGGAGGAGCAAACGCACACAGGGGAUGCUUUAGAGAAGAUGAAAAUGUGUUGUUCUCAGGAUUUGGAAGUGGCCUCAUAACAUCAAGUAAGCCACAGUCAAAGAGAACUUCAUGUACUGUGAGAAGCAGUUGCAUAUCACACCUUCACUAACAUGUAAAUUUAUUUGGUGUUGAAUCUAAGCCACAUCUGCUUUAACAGCUGAGAGGAGGUGAAAGUAGAAGCAUGACUUAGUCUCUGUAGCAAAUGAUUAGAGCAAAAUUAAGAUAUGUGUGUACAUUAUAAAAUAUGUAUUUAUAUUCUUAAAACUCUUUUUAUGUUUAUGCCAUGGGAAAAAGUGUUGAUGCAACACAAAAUGUUAGAAUUAGCUUCUGAUUUUGUGUUUGUAUUUCGGUCCAGGAAGAAAUCCAAAAAAGGAUAAUGUAAUAAUGUGUGACACUUUGCUCAACUGUGCUGCCAAAUGCACUUUUUCACUUUUGUCACCAACCGUCACCAUACUGUGUCUGGAUUGUUGGGUGGAGUUACUCUUGAAGGACAUUUCUAUUAGGUUUAUAGGCAGAGUUGAUGAGUAAGUCCACUACCCUGGUUGAUAAGCACCCCAGCCUAUUGUGUCAUAUUUACUGUUGGUGUACUCACCUUUUCUUCCCCAGACAAAUGAUUUCCAGGUGCCCCAGACAGUCAGAAGGUGGAAUAUCUCUAAACAAACAUGUUUAUGGUAGUCUCUUAUUUCAAGUUUUUCUUCUCUUUCUUUUCUUCGUUAAUGCAGUAUAGUGUUACAUGAGACUGGUUGAAGACCUCAGCUACAACGUUAUUUUUCCUUUUUACUGCUACUCAGUGUGAAACUCCUGGUUGUUUUGUAUGUAAUGUAACCGAUGAAGUGUUUCACUUCUAACAUUUCCAUGCUGCCAGGUGUACCCAUACGUGUUGACGAUGAGAACAUGAAAGUGAAGAGAAGACUUUUUUCAAUCGAAAUACAUUCAUGGUUUUCUCUGUGGUCUAUAUGAAAAAAGAAAUAAGUUUUGGUGUUGAAAUGCACUGUACUUGGUCUUGGACUAUUUCUCCAGUUAGGUGGUCUUGUCUAUAAUACUCUGUUAUUCUCUGUUAUUGUUUUCAAAUUGCUGUGAGUGCAAAUGUAUAUUAUCCACCUGAUGCCAUCAUUGCCAAGUUCUGCCCAGGUGGCUAAAAGAUUCCAUAUUGUCUCAAGAUGAUAUUGUCCUGGUGCUUACUGGAGGUUACCACUCUGGACGUUAUCAUUGUUAACACCAGAGGACAGUAAUCCUCUCCUUAUUUCUAGCAAUCAGUCAGCUGAUUAGAGUGAUGGAGUGACUUCAGCAGUACUCCCUCACAAGUUGAUUUGUUAUCACGGUAUGUGACAAUGCUGGAGUUUGUCAGUAUUGAAACAAAAACAAAGGACAUUGCAAAGUUUGUAUUCAUGUAUAAAUCUAACACUGGAUUAAACAAAAAUACAAAAGCCCUCA